AUGGAUAACACCGAUACGCAGACCCCAGAGAACGCAGACCCCCAGAGAACACAAGACCCCAGAGAACGCAGACCCACAGAGAACGCAGACCCCCAGAGAACGCAGACCCCCAGAGAACGCAGAUCCCAGAGAACACAAGACUCCAGAGAACGCAGACCCCCAGAGAACGCAGUCCCCAGUGAACCCAGACCCCAGAGAACCCAGACCCCAGAGAACGCAGACCCCAGAGAACGCAGACCCCCAGAGAACGCAGACCCCCAGAGAACGCAGACCCCCAGAGAACGCAGACCCCCAGAGAACGCAAGACUCCAGAGAACGCAGACCCCAGAGAACGCAGACCCCCAGAGAACGCAAGACUCCAGAGAACGCAGACCCCAGACCCCAGAGAACGCAGACCCCCAGAGAUUGCACAACAGAGACGUGUGA